UUGUGUAUUCUGCAGAGAAAGAGGGCGGGUCUCGUUAACGUUGUAGCUGAGCUAGCUGUUGUCCUGUAUUUCUGUAUCGUGCCUGGUAUCAAGCUGUGAAGAUACUGUAGCUCUGGAUUAUUAUCAAGAAGAUGUCUGACUAUCUCACAAUAGCAGAUCUAGGAGAUCUAUACAUAGCUACGUUUGAUGCUCGAAUCAAGUGGCGAAACUUCUUGCUGGUUCUUAAAAUAUCUUCGGAUACCAUUGACAGCAUUGGUACAAAAUGGCGAGAUGAUCCUGAUGACUGCUAUCGUGAGGGUUUAAAAGAAUGGCUGAAAGGUGGUGAGAGAAGCUGGGAAGAUGUUGUCAAAGCUUUGUCAAGUCCCAUUGUGGGCCACAGUGACAUAGCCAGGACCAUCGAGAAAGAUCAUCUACAGUCUACUGAUGCAAGCAAUCCUACUGAUGUGAAGUCAGAGGUUGACGAAAAUCACCAGAAGAUCAAUGAUGAUUUAACUGUUUUCCUAGACGAACUACUAGGUAAAGGUGCAUUUGGAGCAGUCUUCAAAGGCAGCUACAGGGGCAAGAUUUGUGCAGUCAAACUUCUAAUUUACGAGGCUGUAGAGAUACAGACAGGUUUCCCAACCGGCAAAAGUGAAGAAGCCAGCAAAGCAUUUGAUCGUGAGUGUGAGUUUCUCCAGUCACUCCAGCACCCAAACGUUGUUCUGUAUUUGUCGACUGCCAAGCAUCCCAAAUCAGGUGGUACAAUCCUCGUUGUUGAGCUGAUGGAUUGCAAUCUGAGAUCCUAUUUCUCCAGCCUUGGUGAAGAGUCCCUCACUAGCGAAUGUGAAAUUAGCCUCUCCAAAGACAUGGCUUGUGGUCUGGCCUACAUUCAUAGCAAGAAGAUUAUCCACCGUGACCUCUGUGGCGAUAACGUCUUGCUGAAGCUAACACAGCCAGUGCCUAUCGCAAAAAUUUCCGACUUUGGUAUGUCACGGCUAUACGAUCCCUCCAAGCUUAGCCACACCCUCACAGCCAUUGGUCACCGUAUGGGGUAUCUACCUCUCGAGGCUAUUCGAUUGGAUAAGGAGAAUUACGAUAAUAGCGUCGAUGUUUUUUCCCUUGGGGUGAUUAUGGUACAGAUUGUUCAGAAGCUGAAGACGGUCAAAUCUGUGGAAGAUCGAUCAUUCCAUGUUGCUCAGAUCCCUCACACACACAGGUUGAGGAAGCUUAUCGACAGUUGCUUGCAAGAAGACAUGAGGAGGAGACCAUCUGCCAGGGACAUCUAUUCUUCACUGACAAGCGACUCUGACACAGUGGAGGCAACAAAGAGGGAGUUCAAGGACACUCAAGUAAAUCAACUUUUACAUCAAGUAUCUGAGAAAGACACCCAUUCACAAGCAUCUAUCGAUCGGCUUCAAGCUGAGCAAGUUUGUGGACUAGAAGAAGUGACCACUCCUCAACAAGAACAGUUUGAAGUUCAACCCAGAGAAAUUGAUCAUCUAGUGAAGUUUCUACAGAUACAACCUCGGGUGGACACUCAACCAGAUAAUAACUUGACUGCAGAUGUUGACCUGACAAGUGGCUCGGACCCAGUGGAGGAAACAAAGAGGGAGUCAAAGGACCCUCAACCAGUCAAGAAGGCACACGGGGGACAGACUGAGCACAAAGAUGCUGAGCUGGUCAGGAGAGACGCCAUCAUUCAACAGCAGAGACUGGGUCCCCCUCCCAGAGAGUUGAGACCUCCACUCACUCUGAAAUGGAGAAGAGGAAAAGACAUGCCAAUCAAGAUGGAUGGCUCGGUACAGAGUAUUGUUAUCGGUGACACGGUGUAUGUUGGUGGAGGGUUUGCAGGCGAUGAUUGUGACAGGUGUACAGUGAUGAAGCUCGAGCAAGAUCAAUGGACCAAACUACCAGAGUACACUGCCAGGCACUUCGCUAUGACAUCACUCGCUAAUCGACUAGUGCUGGUGGGAGGAAAUGAUCCAAGAAACAACAAACCCACCAAUCAACUUGCAGUGUUUGAGUCAGGGGAAUGGACUCACCCGUACCCACCAAUGAACAUUGCUCGUACUUUCUCAACAGCUGUCUCCUUCAACAACCACAUCAUUGUAGCUGGUGGGCGUGAUGAUAAAGGACGUACCUCCUCUGUGGAGGUGUUGGACGUGGCAUCAAGAAGAUGGUACAUUGCUCAGUCACUACCUAACCCACAAACAGAACUGAAAUCGACUCUCAUAGGAAACACCCUCUACCUAAUGGGAGGGUACGAUCACACUGGGAGCCAAACCACGAUAGUGCACCACGUCGACCUCAAUGAACUUAUUGCAAAGGCCGUUUCCAACCUGGACACACCCACUCUCUGGCAGACCUUACAGGAAGUACCACUCGUGUUCUCAGCUCCUCUCAGUAUUGGGAGGUCACUAUUAGCCGUUGGUGGAAUAGACGACAGUUACAAGCCAAGUUCAUCGAUCCACCUCUACCAGCCUGACACCAGGAGGUGGGUGAAAGUGGGAGAUCUGCCUACUGCACGAUACUGGUGCACAUGCUCAGUACUUCCUAGUGGAGAAAUCGUUGUAGCCGGAGGAGACACAAAACCGUUUAUUUUUAUUCAAGCCGGAGGACAGACAAAACUAGUUUAUAAUGAUAUUGAUAUUGGAGGACAGAUGACAAUAUUUGGUAAUUAUGUUCAAACAGUUGAUUUCUUUUGUAUAAGCGAUUAAUUAGUUAUUGUAAUAUGUUGUGCAUUGUUAACCAUCUUUUUGAAAAAAGUUUUCUAAUUAAGUUCGCAUAUUUCGUUUAGUAUUAAUUGUGUUAUUAUUCCAACUGUUGAUUUCUUCACUAUAAGUGCUAAUUAGUUAUUUUGUUAAUUGUUUCUCUUUAAUUGUGCGAUGAGUUUAUAACGAUUUAUUGUUGAUAUUAUUUUUAUCAUGUUGAGUUGCAACAGAAUUUUAUCG